AUGAGAUCUGUACGAUCCAGGAGGGAAUGCCCCCUUUGCGACAGCAAAGUGAUCGGGCUGAGUCACCAUAUCAUAAGGGUUCAUAAACUUAGAGACAAAAAGAAGCGGAUGACAUAUAUCUACAUUGCAAGGAAAGGCAAACCAAUCUCCAAACCCCGUCCCUUCACUAACAGAUCCAGGCCUCCACCCCGAACAGCCGACUGUCCCUAUCCCGGCUGCCCAGCCAAGGAACUUGCGCGAGUGGACACGCACAUCUACUAUAAGCACGAGAUUGACAGAGGGACAGAGGCAUUUGCCCACCUCAUGUCAAAAGUAAAGACAUUAAGAACCUCCACCAGUCAGGCAACCAUGUGUACCGAAAAGUGUUUUGAGGAAGCCGAUAACUUUCUCGGCAGCUACAGCCAAAUAUUCCACGUCUGCAUCAUCAGCUUCUGCUGCAACUUCCAGUGCAAGUCCACGUACACACGUCAGAACCCUAUUAAAAGAUCACAAGAGGAAGGCUGUAUAUUCACCAGGAACCCCAUCGACCCGCAAACUGAAAGUGCUGAGUUGAGAAGAAAUAAACAAAAAACUCAUGCAGUGCUGCUACCAGGGAUAACCACUGCAGCUGCAAUCCUUCUAAACUGCCGGUCCAAAUACAUUAACGCUCACCAGGUGUUAACAGCCCUAACUCUGAAGCAGAGUAGUGCUAAACGAAGUGCCUUCAAACAUCUCAGCUCUAGAUUUGUAUGCUCUAGCUACCAAACAGUGAUGCAGCGGCAGGUUGACUUCGGUGCUGACUUCGGUGCUGACUUCGAUGAGGAUGUGUUGAAAUGGGCAAAUGAAACAAGCCAGGCAGAAGCAUUGGAGAGGGAAGUAAAAGAGCAUGGGGAUGAACCACCUCAGAGGACGGAUAAUGGAUAUCAACUCAUCAUGGACAAUGCUGACAUUGUGCUUCAUCCACGACACACUUCACGAGAGAAACAUGGCAGUGAUUUGCAUAUGGUGCAAAUGAUAGCUGUUCAGAAUAGAGUGAAUGGGCACCACUUGCCAAAUGAUAAACCAACUUCAACUAUGUCAUCACUUGACAUUGCUCAGUUUCGGCCAACACUGAGUGACAAUAAACUUCUGAAACAGGACUGGAUCGUGUUGAUUGGUAACAUCAUCAGCAAACACAUACCGUCAUUGAAGUGGUUUAAUGAACACUUGCCAGGGCAUAUUCAGCAUGCACACAUGACUGAACUCAAGAGGAAAUCGAAAAUAGUAAACCUAGGAGUGCUGAUGGAGAGCGAAAAUGACACAAACGGCAUUUAUAACAUCAUGCAUCAUCUGCACAAGUAUGUACCUGGCCAUGGUACAGAACAAGUCACCCCAGUUAUCAGCGCAGGGGAUCUGCUCACAUGCGAGAGAGAAAGCACUUUUAGGGGAGAACAGCGGAAUUCAACAACCCACAGUGAGAAGCUGAAAGGCAUUGUACCAGUCAUUGCAGACUUCCACGCCUUGGCAAACUUUUACCAGGUGAUAUGGUUGCACUUGUAUAAUACGACUUCCAGUGGUGACAAGGGAACCUUAUACGCGGCUCGGAACUUCUUGGAGGCACGCAGAAUCACUAGUGACCCGAUGAGGAACAUCAAUGCAGCUGCAGACCUCAUAAGUCAAUACACCACUGCCCUAGUGAUAGCUGCUUCUAUGAAGUACUUUGGGAUCGACUCAAUCAAUGACCAACCAACUCGGAAUCAGUUUCAAUUCGGAGUCCACCCUGACCGUAGCCACUAUAGCCAGCACGACCAAAACCUGCCACUUCAAAAGGAUGCUGUUUUCAACUACUCCAGAACAGCACUUAGUAUGGGUAUGCUGGCCUACGGUUUCACUGAUGCUCGUCAGAUGGGUGAUGGGGACAGAAUAAUUCGUCUAUACAAGUUCUUGGUGGUUCACUUCAAGGCAGCCAACAAACCCAAGUACAGCUACCAGGUUCUUCGUUUGUUGGCACAGGUUGGCUGUUUUCUCACCCCCAGAUCGGCCUAUGAGCUAAAAUGGAGUAGAUUUGUUAAUAAGACAGGCCAAAUAAAACAAAACAUCGAGGUAGAUCGUGAAAUAGAACAUCAAAAUAGAGUUUUUAAGGAGAACUGUGGGGGUCUGAGGGGGAAAGUUACCAAGAACAGCAUUGAUCGCAUAAGCCGUUCAGCACAAAUCAUUGAUGAACUCCUAACCUCGGUAAAUCAGCAAGCAAGAAUUCACAAGCCGUCAGGGAAACACCCAACCAAGAUCACACAGAACCAACUGGACCUUGCCAUGGAGCUUCACAAAGAUGGAGUGUUUGAUGUCCAGCCCGGAAGGAAACACUUCCAUUUCCCAGACUUUCCCUCCUCAAUGCUUUCAACAGUCAGCGUUCCAGACCUUAACAAGUGGAUGAAACUCGCUUUGAAGCAUAUGGCAAAGCACAAUGAAACAACUGAUUGA